AUGUACGAUGCCAGCAUUUGGCUGAACCGGUCAAUUUGCAACAGGAAACUGAACAACCUGGAGGAUGCGGCGACAGAUGCGGAGAUUGCUCAGGAGAUUGACCCGAGCAACGUCAAGGCAUACUACAACAGAGCAUUGGCCCUGCAACUCCUGGAUAAGCACGACGAGGCGCUGAGUAUUUGCAAGAAGGGCCUGAACACACAAUCAGGCAACAAGGCUCUCCAGCAGCUCAAAAUCGAUUUGCAGAAGAGCAUUGCAGAGGCCAAAGCAGCUUGUCCCGGAGAAUUGGCACCGUGCCCACAAGGUCCGGUGAAAGCGGCUGAUGCUCUCCAGAAGAAAGAUGCUCCAAAGUCAUCUGACGAUGUCUAUGAGUGGAAAAACGGAGAGCCCAGCGAAGCAGAGCGGCAGGGGUACAAGAAAGCCAUGGUGGACAUGUUCAGGUCCAAGUACGAGGAAUUAAAAGAAAGGGCGGAAGCCGCAAAAUCUAAGAGGUCGACUCUUCAGACAGACCAUUACGAGGAUGCUCAGAAACAGAGUCUGCAGCUUUCUGGCGGGCACAGGCCCAUGGACAGGCCGGAUAAUGUCGACCUUCCUGCCGACUAUCAGCAGCCAGUUGGCUUGCUUUCGGCAGAGCAGUUGUCAGCGUACGACGCCGAAAACGCAAAUCGGAGAUACCUGUUGUCAGUAUAUGGUAACAUUUUUGAUGUCUCAGACCGUCCGGACAAAUAUGAUCCAGACGGCCCAUACGCCAGUCUGACUGGCAAGGACCUGACCUGGGGGCUGUUCGCUGGCGUGGACACGGUUGAAUACACCAAUAAGUUUUAUGAUCUGUACAAGGCGAGGGACUUGGGAAAGGACAAGCUUGCUGGCGUGUGCAGCUGGCUGGCAUGGUACGAAUCGGAAUAUGGCAAGCCUGUCGGGCAGCUGGAGCCAUGGUCGCGAGAAGCGGAGCUCCCUGCGCCUCCACUUGAAGAAAUCGAGGAGAUGUGCGUUGUAAUGUGA